ACACUUACUACUGUCCUGCAGGGCAUUCAAGACAAAGCCCUGACGAAAGAUGCUGGGAGCAGGAAGGCUGUGGAAACAUCUGCGGUGAUUCCAGCAAGGCUAAGGGAACCUCUAACUGUGGACUGCACAUUCAACUGCUCCUCUGGUUUCAUCCACGGUUUGUGGACGUGGGAAGACACGCCAGCUUGCACUACCUGCAACUGGGAGACGCAGCACGGUACAAUGAGCAAAGGCAUGUGCACGGUGAGCUUGUUUACUCCAAAUCUCACCAUGGAGCAGACCGUCUACAACUACUCAUGUGUCUCCAUCAUGAGUGAUCACCAAGACCUCCCUCGUAAGACGGAGAGGCUGGUAUCACUGCAAAUUGAAGAUAAGACCACGGCAACAGUCAGCCUUCAUGAAGCACCGGUAGCUUUGACUAUGAAAGUGGAGGUUUACAGGAACGAGGACAAUUACUCGGUUGACAGAUCUGAAUCAGGCUCCCUCAGAGUACCAGUGGGAACACAGCUACAACUCAAAUGUCUUUCCAACGACAAGCGUUGCGCGGGCCAGUGGAUGCGGGACCACAGCGUUCUUCCAAACCCAAACCCUGGACCGUUGCUGCGGUGGGCUAAGAUCACCAAGGCGGACGGAGGAAGCUACAACUGCCAUGCGAAUCCGCUCUGUGCGGGCCAGGGGAUCACUGUCACGUUAGAGGUCAUUAAAGAUGAUGAUUCUGGGUGGGUCAGAAUCGUAGCAGCUAUCGUACUGUCCGCAGCGGUUGUGCUAAUGCUUAAACUGAUAUUCCUAUGCUACAAAAAGAGCCGCAGGUUGGAAGAAUCGGAGCCUGCAGUGAUCUAUGAAAACACAAGACCCAAAAAUGAAUGCGCAGCCCUCAAACCUCUCGCACAGGAGUGCCAGAGUGAUCACGAAGUCCCUUAUGCCGACAUUGUAAUCUCGGUGAGAGGGUCCAGCAUUCCAGAAUUUACGGGAGUCCAAAACCAAACCCCACGGGAUCCCAGACUUAGAUGGAGGGACGAUGCAGCGUCAGGAAUCCAGCUGCAUGCUUGUCGCUCCGCGGACAGGCUCCAUGUCCACCCUAAGGAGGUCUCCAGAAAGUUGAGCACUGCCUCAGAGUACGCCGUCAUCACCUACUCAGCGGAGGCGAUUGGCUAGUUUAUAUACAUGAGCAACUUUAAUGGAAAAGGAGUGGGGAAAUCGUAAGAACUGCAUGUCAGGUUUUUACUAUUAAUGAUGAAAAGUUUUAAUGGAAAUAAUAUCUGUAAUAUUUUAGUGGAAUUAAUUUUUAAAAAUAAUUUUCUUUUUUCACUAUGUUGAGUUUUUUACUACUUUUCUCCUGGGUGAGUGAAGUUAUAAAGUUAUACAGUUCGUUUGUGAU